ACAUUUUUGACUUCAAUCGUAGAAGAGUUUUUUUUUUGGUGGCACGGAUAGAUUUUACUUUUUUUACGUUUAACGUUAAUUUUACAAUAUAAAAUCGCUCGUUCUAACCGCAAAACCAACAAAAAUAUUAUCUGCUUACAACUAUCCAACAGUUACAAACAACGACGACAGAAAAAAGACAGUGCGGAAUAAAAUGUAUUUCUAAAAAGUGUUAACAAAAAAUCUCCUCAAAAAAUCUCUUCCCCAUAUGAUAUAUUAACUUAAAACGUUAAUAUAUUCUAACGAAAAUUGUGUGCCUUGAGAGUGCUGUGCGAACGCAAGGAACGCAAACAAAAAGACAAAAUGCAGUUUUUCAAAGUUAUACUUACAUUUACUCUACUUACAUUAGCUUCACACAAAAGUUUAGUCCACAGCAGCGGUAGCUCGCCUGGUGAUACAAUUGCUGGCGGCCAUUAUCAUGGGCAACAAGCGUCAACCGAAAAUGGUGCACCACAGCCACCAAAAGCUCAUGCACUUCCACCACCUUCUGCGCAACAGCAGCAUCAGUCCUCACAUCAUCAUCAUCAGCAGCAGCAACAACAACCGCAACAGCAACAGCAACAUCACCAUCAUCCACAGCAGCCACAGUACCAACAUCAGUAUUCCUCCCAUGGCAUUGGUGGAGGUGGCUUGGUACAUCAUCACCCAUCUCAAGCAGCUGCAUAUCAUCAGCCAUCACAUAGUGGCCAUGCAGAACCCAAAAAUACAUACAAUCUAUUAAGCGAAGCCAUGUCGCAGGCCGUUAGUAAUGAAUUCAGCUCUCUAGGCAGCGGCUCAGCUGAUGGUGCUUGCCAUGCUGAUGAUAUCGAUUGUUAUAAUGUCCAGGACCGUUUAGGCAUGGAAGCUAUAAGAACGCUACAUCAACAGUUGGAUGACGAUGACAACGGCAACAUUGAUUUAAGCGAAUCCGAUGAUUUCUUACGCGAGGAGUUGAAGUACGAUUCUGGUUAUGAAAAACGUCAAAAGGCUUUCCAUUUUAAUGAUGAUAUGCACAUCUCUGUCAAAGAGUUGUGGGAAGCGUGGUUGAGAUCUGAGGUACACAAUUGGACCAUUGAACAAACUACGGAUUGGCUGGCGCAAUCAGUGCAAUUACCGCAAUAUGUUGAUUUAUUUAAGCAACAUAAAGUUUCGGGGGCAGCCCUACCACGUCUGGCUGUAAAUAAUAUGCACUACGUUGGCACAGUACUGGGUAUUAAGGAUCCUAUACACAAGCAAAAGAUAGCUCUUAAGGCUAUGGAUGUAGUAUUAUUUGGACCUCCGAGAGAGACUGGAACUCGCUGGAAGGAUUAUAUAUUAGUUACAUUAUUAUUAAGUGCUAUAAUUGGCUGUUGGUAUGCCUAUCAACAAAAUAAAAAUGCCAAAAGGCAUUUGCGAAGAAUGGCUCAGGAUAUGGAGGGGUUACAAAGAGCAGAGCAAAGUUUACAAGAGAUGCAAAAGGAACUAGAACGAGCUCGAUUGGAGCAGGAAAAUGUGGCUACUGAAAAAAUGGACCUAGAACGGCGUCUCAAAGAAGUGCCCACCCUUACAUCUUCAAGUUCUGAUUUGGAGGUGCAACAGUUGAAGAAAGAAAUUGAAAUGUUACGCACAGAAUUGUCCCGAGCCGAAAUAGAGCUUGUUGAUAAUUGUUGGGCUCCUCCACCUCAGUUGCAAUCAUGGCUACAAUAUACCUACGAACUCGAAAGUAAAAAUCAUCUCAAGAAACGAGUGGCCGCUGAAAAACAACUACAAUCGGCUCGUGAAGCAUGCGAGAAGCUGAGAAAGAAACGCUCCAGUUUGGUGGGUGCAUUUGUUUCCACCCAUGGCAAGAGUAUAGAUGAUGUGGAUCGCUCUAUUGUUGAGGCACGCAAUUCAUUGGGAGAGGUAACAAAUGAGUUGCAAGAACGUCUACACAGAUGGAAACAGAUUGAACAAUGCUUGGGUAUGAAUAUUGUCAAUAACAAUGGACUGUCAUAUUUAGAAAAUGUUUUGUAUGGCCGUAAUGGUGGUGCGGCUAUUAAGACUUCUAGAGGCCGCAUAACCAGCAGCUCAGAUGAAUUAGAUGAUGAAUCUGUUCAAGGUAAGCUCAAUUUUGAAAACUUUUCCUUGAUCUCCGCUGAAUGAAUCAACCUACUACCACUACUAUACUACCUAUAUAUCAACCCCCACCCACACCCCUCUCACGAAGUUACGAAUAUGUAUGGACAAAAAUAGAUAUAAAAUAUCGAUAAAAAAAAACAAAAACAAAACGAUUUAAAAAAAAGAACAAGAAACAUUUUCAGUGUUUACCAUUGAAUGGCAUUCUCACUUGAAAUGAAACUAAAAUAUGGUCAUAUGCCCCCAGUUUUUGGAAUGUGUUUAAAUAUAGACAAAUUCACACUACCACCAUCUCUCUCCUAGAAUUGUUGAAUAUAAGUUAAGUUAAAAAUACGUUAAAAAAACAAACCGAUAAACAUGCUGUGUCUGUUAUAAUUUCCGUUUAUUUCUAAGUGCAAUAUUAAUAUAAUUUCUAUUUGAUACGUACUUGUUUUUAAGUAAACUGUUAAUGAAACGGUUCUUUAUUAGCAUUUGAACAUUAUUUUUUAUUUGUUUUAUUUUGCCAAUCCUCCUAUAACCUGUAUAUCUCUAUCUUUUUUCUAUUCUACAAAAUUUCUCUUUUCCAAUGUUAAUUGUCAUAAACUUGUGUUUGUGUGCGUUUUUUUUUUAUUUGUUAUGACAAAACUUACGAAAUUGAACUCUUUGUACUCCAUCUAUAUGCGACCUACUAUAACUACUACAGAGAGCUCAUAGACACACACAAUUAUUAUUACAUACAUAGUUGAUGUUUUUUAUUUUAUUAUUUUAUUUUUUUUAGCAUUUCUGCUUAUUAUUUUUCUAAUAAAUAAUUUUUUGAUUUCGAUUUUUAA